AUGUCCAACCAGACAGACAAGAUCGCUAUGAGUUCAGUUCAUACUCGCGCUCAUGUCCAAGGCAAGGAUGUCGAGGUUCAACAUGAUAUCGACGAUCCUUUGGGUCUUUCCGCACACAUCAAGCUCGAAUCCGACAUGCCCAGAGCCAAUACCUCACGCAAACGUCAUCUAGGCCUUAAGAAGAAUCACCCGCUCCAGGAGUUCUAUGAAACGCAGAAUCAGAGCAUCCGGGCAAUGCUCAAGUCGGUAGAGGAGCACGAGCAGGAGGUUACAGACGCUCAUGGCGCCAACACACUCAUGUAUGGCAUCUGCGUCAAAGGUUCUUUGGUGGCCAACAUCAUACUCUCGGGUCUCCAGCUGUAUGGCGCUAUCUCAUCCAGCUCCCUAUCGCUUUUCACUACCAUGGCCGACUCUGUCUUCGACCCCAUGUCCGGCAUCAUGCUGUACAUGGCACACCGGGCCGUCAACAAAGUCGAUCCGACUAAAUACCCCUCAGGCCGAGCCCGCAUCUCGACCGCUGGCAAUAUCGUCUUUUCUUUCAUCAUGUUUUCCGUCUCGCUGGUCCUCAUCGUCAUGUCUGCUCGUGAUCUCGCUGCCGGAUCAGAGGAGGAGACUAACAAGUUUCAUUUGCCCUCGGUCAUUGCCGUGACUGUCGCCUUUGCUACCAAGCUGGGACUUUUCUUCCUGUGUUGGACUGUGAAAGACAUCUAUAGUCAAGUUGACAUCCUCUGGCGCGAUCAUCGAAAUGAUCUCUUUAUUAACGGCUUCGGUAUUCUCACAUCUGUCGGUGGCUCUAAACUGAAGUGGUGGAUUGAUCCGAUGGGUGCCAUCAUCUUAUCCGUUCUCAUCGCUGGCCUCUGGCUCCAUACUGCCUACGAUGAGUUCCAACUAAUGAUCGGUGUCACUGCGGAUAAGGAUCUCUUACAACUUAUCACAUAUAUCUCUAUGACGCACUCGCCGCUUAUUCAACAGGUCGAUACAGUCAGGGCCUACUAUUCGGGCCCACGGCUUGUGGCAGAGGUCGACAUAGUUAUUGAUCGCAAUGAGCGAGUCGAAGUAGCACAUGACGUGGCGGAGGAUCUUCAGAUUAAGCUAGAGAAGCUGCCCGUCAUCGAACGUGCCUUUGUGCACAUUGACUACGAAACUAGCCAUAAGCCAGAGCAUUAUCUGAAAAAGCUCAUGUAA